CUUGCAAAGUUCUUUCUUCCGAAAUUCCAUUUUCGUUGCUUGAGAGCUCUGCCACUUCAUUUUCACUACUCUGGCUUGCUUCCACCCUAACCACUUUUCUCAAUACUACUUUUUGAGAGUAGUGUUUUUCAGAACCUCGAUUGAUCGGAAUCAUCGACUUCCUUCUUGUGAGCAAUUCGUUCAUCCCAACAAUCCUGUACUCAGAUACUUGGAUCUUUUGCUUCCAAUUAUCGAACCAGCAGUAGAUCAGUUUCGUCUGUCCGUCGUCCAUCAAUUGAUUCACAGUGACCACCCCUGCAUUCCUUGAUCGCUAUUCCCUGAGUUCAUCUACCUCAUGGCCAACACCAAUGGGUCGGAUUCUGAUGGUUUGGGUAACACUUACCCAACCUUGUGGAAAUCGGAGUUGUCAAAGGCCAAUGAGAGGCGGGUCAGGCUAGAUUGCUAUAUCCCGAAGUCGAUGAAACUUCGGUUUGAUGACGAGAAGAAAGGUGCAGUGGUAAGCGCCAACAAGCAUGAAGUUUGCCUAUACGAGGCCAUGUUCCGAGUAGGCCUCAAGCUACCCUUCCUGAAGGUCGUUCGGGAGUUACUAAGCCAACUAAAUUUGGCUCCCCAUCAGAUCAUGCCCAAUGCCUAGAGGGUGAUUUCCGCUUGCGUCUUCCUUUGGCCAACAGUUCUUGGGGUUGAACACCCGCUCACGGUUCGAGAAUUCUUGUGGGUGUACAGACUCCCAAAAAACCCUAGGAGCGAUGCUCUUUUCAAUUUCCAAUCUCGCCGAGGGAGGUUUAUUCAACUGGAGAAGACUUUCACCAGUAAUAAACAAUGGAAGAAGAAAUCCUUCUUUGCGAUUGGAGGAUGGGAGUUUGCAUCCUCAGAAAGAGUGGAAGGGCCGAGAGUGCCUCAAGAGACAAGCGUUCCUUCAACGAACGCUAAUAAAGAACCCAUUCUAUCUGAAGAAGAGAUAGAGAGGGUAAACAAAAUCCUGGCUUGGGGCUCAAACACACAAGUCAGCUAUGUACUAUAAGAAGCUAGUUUCUUCAUCCAAACUGGCUCGUUUCCUAAAAUACCCCUUAAAGGGUGGCGUUGGCAGAUCCAGGAAGAGGCCAGCCACCCGUAGCCAUAAGGAGUCCGGUGUCUGUUACUCUGAUCCCGCCGGCGGCUAAUACAGGUAAUGCCACCCCUCGAAAACUUGUUGUAGACAAAGGCAUGGGAAAGGUAGGCGAGCCUCAGGCACAAAAAGUUUUAAGGCUGAUGGACGGGCCUAAAGAGCCUGAGGUUCCCCAAUUAAAGAGGAGGAAGGUGGCCAAACAACUUGGGCCCGAGGCUCAUGCUGACAAGGGAAAGCCCAGCUUUGCCCAACUACUGGCUGCCAAAAGGAAGGCAGGUCCAGGGCCAAUUGUGUGCCCGGUUGAGGCGUACAAGGCCCUCCUCAAUGGCAAGCCUGUCGCUGCAAAGCCUCUAGCAGUAGCUCCACUUAUUAACCUAACUGGUGUUGCUCCGACAACUACCAUUCAUGUGGACUUAGGCCUAAACAUCCAGCAUAUCUUGGAAGAUAUAGCCCAAGAGUCGGAGUUAGAAAGCUCUGUGGGCAUGGAGCGCAAUAAUGUCGGGGUGAACUCUGCAGCUGCUGAGGAGGGUGCGAGGUCUCAAACUAUCGUACAGACUCCAACUCUUGAAGGUAAUCGUCAAACUGAGGGCCCCGAAGCCAAUGCCGCUUCUUCAAGUGGCUCGUUGGUGAGGCCUUCCGAAGUGGACUAGACUGUUGGCAAGCCUCUCUCAGACUUUGGGGGCAAGCUGCUGGGGAACCCGUUCCAGGCCUUGGUGGAAUUGAUUCCCCAAGAGUGUUUGGCCGGUGAACAUGAUCAUUAUACCCAAGGCAUGGCGGAGAGGAUGAACUUCAACCAACUCGUCAGUAUUAUGAAGUCGAUAGUUCUAUACUGUCACUUUAGGAAAUUCUACAAGGACUUGGUUUCAAAAGCUAAGAGUUUGAAAGACUUGUUGAGUCUGAGGCUGAGAACGCCAGACUUAAAGAUAUCGUGGCUCAGCAAGACAAAGAACUCCUUCUCGCGGGUCAACAGCAAUCAAUGAUGCAAGCUGAAGCUACCGAGGCUACUAAGGCUAGUACUGAGGCCGACUCCAAGAUCUCAGAGCUAGCUUCCGAGUUGUAGACUCUCCGAGGCGAUAACAAGUGACUUCAAGAAGAUUGCUCUAUCGUCAAGGAGGAUCUGAGCAAGCUGGGAGAGAAGCAUGCUGAGGUCUUGGAGCAGUUAAAAGAAGCUCAAGCUAAAGUAGCAAGUUAGGAAGCUAAAACCGAAGAAGCACUGACGGGUUGGACAGUAGCCGAAGAGAGGCUCAAGUUCUUCAGAGGGAAACUCAGUGAAAGCAAAGCUCAACUCCAGGAUGCCGAGAACCGAGCUGAGAAUUACCUCAAUCAACUAUCUUUCACCUCGUAGACUCGGGAUAAUGCCUGGUUAGAUAGGAUUAUCAUCGGCUUUGAGACAUUUAGAACUUGGACCAACGACCCCGCUCGUACCGUGGACCUUAACGCUAUAAAUUCUGAAGACAUUCCAUGUUCUGACGAGGCUAUGGAAUAGCUUGUCGGACUAGGACAAAAGCAAAUGCCCGAUGCUAUGGGGAUUGGCGAGUUUGACUACAAGCCAUUCGGCGACUCGGAAGUUGGAUCUUUGAGUAGUGCUAAAGCCUCCAAAGGCCAAGAUGGUGCCGAGACCACUCCUGUUAAGCCAGAGACUGAUGCUGCUAACCCCAAGG